AAGUUAUUUUUGAUUCUUUUUCAUUCUACAGAUUUUUUAAUGAACAGGUUUCCCACUGUACAGCAAGAUGAUUCCUUACAACAUACCGCAUGUAAUUCAGCCAUAAACCACGUGCCAUCUGUCACUGUGCCUUUGCAAGUCCAGAGUGCCAGCACUGUUUCAAAUAUUCCUCCCAAUGGCCAGAGUGCUUUUUCUUCUUCAAAACUGCAGCAUCAAGACUCCAUAGCUCCACAACUUCAAUUUUUGGAAAACAGUUUUGUCCAAGAUAAUGAAUCAUCUUGUCAAAAUCAACAAACUUCUGUAUCGGUCUCUUCUCCUCCAUUUGAUAUUGGUAAUUCAACUGCUGGUAGAACAGGAACAGAUUUAUCUCUUAUGCUUGGCUCUACUGAUGGUUCUAAUCUUGAAUCACAUCUCCAAACACAGUUUUCUAACUUAUCUCCUACUGUUGAGUCUUUUUAUAUCAGUCAACAACUUAAUUCUACUCAGUCUCAACCAACAUUAGGACUUUUUUCUCCUGCUUAUAGCCACCACCAAACUGUCACACAGUCUGUACCAAUGUUAGAACUCACACCUUCUACUUACAGCUCUGUUUGUACAAUGCCAGUAUUCAGCUCACCAUCUUCUAUUGAGAAAAACCAUCAAACGUUGGUACCACCAGUCAUGCAAUCGUCCAGUGACAAGUGGACUGCAGCAACAGAAAAGCUCAACUUGCAUUCUCAGUCUGUUAGCACCUUAGUACUCGACAAAUUGUAUAGUGAUGCAUAUAGUCCAGAGAGAAUGCAAGAGAUCAGAACCACAACUGCCAAUAAAAGUUGUGUACAACCGAGGCGACAUUCUUUUGCUGGCACAUGGCAGUCACAACAGAAAAGAGCUGGAACAAAAACCUUAGGAAAGAUUACACAAAAAACUCCAUUUGCUGUGCCAAAACCACCUUCAUAUACUCGAGUGCUUUCCAAGUUUCUCCCUUCAACACCUGUCACCGUUAGUAAUCCAGCCACAGCUGAAAAAAAAAUUUCCACAAAUAAUAUUGGAGUUUUUAUACCAGGUACCAUUAGCAGUACACGUCAUACAGUCUCUCAAAAUUUACUUUCAUCAUCAGCAUCCCUUACCACAAAAGCUAACCCUGAUCUUCUCCUCAGGAAUAGUAGUGCCAAAUUAAACUGUGGAGGUUCCAUUUCAUCAGAAACCAUACCCAACUCAGGAUCGAACAGUUCUUACCUAACAAAGCUGUUAAGCUCAGGUGUUAGCAAGUUUUUGGUUGGAAACCAAAUCCAGCCACAAAAAGUUAUGAAUGUGACCACUGUAAGUACAGUACCAACUAUUGCAGUAAUCACAACAGGAUCUGGUUCAACUACAGCUACUCGACAAGCUUUUAUUCUACCAUCUGUUCCCUUAGCAACGAUUGAUCACAAUAUCCCAAACAUUACAGGUGACUUCUGUAAGUGACUUUCAACGUAACUUGCUGGUUGGAGCAGCUAGUCAAGCUUUAAUUGGUCAGCCAGUUACAAGUAAACUACCACAGUCUUCUAUUUACGUC